AUGUCGUCCACCACCUACGAAUUCCAAGUUGCGAUGACCUGCGAGGGCUGUGCCAAGGCUGUGCGCACGCUCGUCGGCAAGGUUCCCGGCGUGGAGGAGGUGAACAUUGAUGUGGCCAAGAAGCAGGUGCUGGUGAAGGGCACCGCUUCUAGCGAUGCUCUUCUUGCUGCCAUCAAGAAGACGGGCAAGGAGACCACCCUCGUGUCCUCCUAG